AAUAAGCCUCAGUGCCAGCCUUUGUCUCCUCACUCCUCAACUGGUAGACGGAAGCAUCGCCCACAAAGUUCAGCAUCAACCCUCAGGAGCUUUUCUCCCUGUAUAGAAAAACACAUGGGGACCUGAAUCAUUUCCCCUGCAGGAAGAAAAUCAAUGGACAGGGGAAGGGAGAGGGGUUUUAUGUGAAAAAGCAGCAGGUUACUGUGUUUCCCAUUUGUUAAUGGAUGUGACUCCCCAUCCCAACUCCAGAGGGUACCAUUAACUACCUGCCUGCUGCCAAAAUCCUAGAUGUCAAAAUGACAGAACGCUUUGACUGCCACUACUGCAAGGAGACCCUGUUUGGCAAAAAGUACAUCCUGAGGGAGGAUAGCCCCUACUGUGUCAAGUGCUAUGAGAGCCUGUACUCCAACACCUGUGAGGAAUGUAAAAAGCCAAUCGGCUGUGAUUGUAAGGACUUGUCCUACAAGGACCGACACUGGCAUGAAACUUGUUUCCACUGCUUCCAGUGCAAGAACUCCCUGGUGGACAAACCUUUUGCAGCAAAAGAAGAGCAUCUUCUCUGCACUGAAUGCUACUCCAAUGAAUACUCCUCCAAGUGUAGCGAGUGCAAGAAGACCAUCAUGCCAGGUACUCGCAAGAUGGAAUAUAAAGGGAACAGCUGGCACGAGACCUGCUUUAUUUGCCAUCGGUGCCAGCAGCCAAUUGGAACGAAGAGUUUCAUCCCCAAAGACAAUCAAAAUUUCUGUGUGCCCUGCUAUGAGAAGCAGUUUGCAAUGCAGUGUGUCCAGUGCAAGAAGCCAAUUACCACAGGAGGAAUUACUUACCGGGAGCAGCCAUGGCACAAGGAAUGCUUUCUGUGCACUGGGUGCAAAAAGCAGCUAUCUGGACAACGCUUUACUUCCCGGGAUGAGUUUGCCUAUUGUUUGAACUGCUAUUGCAGCCUCUAUGCUAAGAAAUGUGCUGGAUGCACCAAUCCAAUCAGUGGGCUUGGAGGUACCAAGUAUAUCUCAUUUGAGGAACGCCAGUGGCACAAUGAUUGUUUCAACUGCAAGAAGUGCUCCCUAUCAUUAGUGGGCCGUGGUUUCCUCACAGAGAGGGAUGACAUUCUGUGUCCUGAGUGUGGGAAGGACAUUUAAAGUGUGAAAAAAUAAAAUAAUAUUAAGUUCUUACAAAGGCAUAUAUUUUCUAAAGUAAGCAAUGAUGUGUAUGAGUUUUGGUCAGAAGUGAAAAACAUUGUGUCUUGUUUUUCUGCAAUAUAUAUUUCAUCCAUUAACUUUUUCUUUUCUAGACUGUAGAUAUGCAUUGGAGAAGGGAAAGACAAAAGAGAGGGAAGGUGAUUUUGACAUCAGGCAAUACAUUUAAUUUAUGCAUCAAGACUAGUCCAUAUACUGAGUUGUGAGUUGCUCAGAUAUUUAUGGAUAAAGCUGAACAAAGCAGGAAGUGUGCUAUUGUACUUAUUUUCCACUCAUGAGCUUCCCAUAAGUAUCUGUCAAGCCACCAUGGGAAACAGGAUGUUUGAAUGAAUGGGCCUUCGGUUUGAUCCCAAAGGGCUCAUGUUCUUAGCAAUACAAAUUUCUCUUCAAACGAUGUAUGCAGUGUAAAGUGAACAUCAGUUUUGAAAUGGAGAUUCCUUACAGAUUGCAGGGGCCACUGUUUGGAGUGUUGAUAGGUCAGGCAUCAAUAUUUAUUACAUCCAAGGUGGCAAAUGUGUAGGUGAUAAUAUGACUGUAGAGUAUGUAGGUUCAAUCAGAAAUAGUACGUUUUGUGCCAUGCCUUAAAAUAAGGGAUUAAGGAUGUAAUUCUAUGCACACUUUCAUUAGAAUAACUCCCACUGAACUGGAUUGGGAUUUAUUCCACAUAAAUGCACAUUGGAACAGGUUGCAUGAGGUUUAAAUCAAUGUAAAUCUGCAACACAUUAUUACACCAUAUUGCAAGGCCAUUGCAAAGUACAUUUUUCAGUUUUUAGUACUUGUUUUGAAAUUUCAUUGCACCUUGUAUUUUAUGAAGUAAUAAAUGUAUUUCCAAGG